AUGGCUCCCAGCGAGAAAUUCGUCCUUUACUCUUCUGCAGUUUCUCAAUGGGCCAUGGUGCCACAACUCGGAUUGAUAGAGAAAGGAUAUAAACCAGACGAGUAUGAGGUCAAGGAACUAGACUUGCUCGGCGCCGGCAAUUUCGAUGUGGACUACCUUGCCAUCAACCCGAACGGGACAAUCCCAUCACUCACAGCGCCAUCACUUAAAAAACCCAUUAUCGAAAGCGCCGAGAUUCUGACUUACCUGGAUCGAUUGCACCCCGACUCGGGCGCCCAACUCACACCCAAAGAUGAGGAAACACAAGCAAUCUCACAGAAAUUGAUCGACCUAGUUCACUCGGACGCCGUUGGCACGAACUUGGUCCUGUUGACGGCGCGCGACGGGGAGGAAUUCCGUGCUAAGCAAUCUGGCAUGUUUAAGGGCUGGAUCGGCACGCGUCAGAAGGUUCUCGAGCAGAACCACGCUCAGUAUCCCGAGCACGUGUUCUACGGUCCCAAAGCACUAGAGAACGGAGCGCUCAAUGAUCUGUACACAUCGACGGAAAUCGGACCAGGGCAUGAGGCGUUCUUUGCGCAAAGUCGGGACGGGUAUCAAGUGUUUGCGAAAAGCGUUGAUGAGUUGGAUUCCCUGAUAGUCUUGCCUUAUGCCGCAGGGAAUGAAGUGACGUUGGCGGACCUGAAUAUCGUGCCAUGGUUGGCGCAUGCUAUGUGGGGUGCUGGAGCCACUGAAGUGGGUGAUUUUGGGCCCUUGGAAACCUUGGUGAAGAAAUCGGUGCCGGGGUUUGUGGUUGGGGACAAGAUCCGGAAGUGGUGGUCGACAUUUGGGGAACGGGAGUCGUUCAAGACGGUAUAUCCUCACUUACAUUAG